AUGGACUUUUUAGCAAAGAAGCGAUCAAAUCCGCGUAACUUCAAAAAUCGGUUGAGAGUAGAAAAUGCGGAGAAAGAGAUAAGAGAGCGAGCCGAUCUCGAGAAAAAGCGUCAGACGGAGAUCACCGAGCAAAAGGAAAAAAUUGCAUAUAUACGGAGCAAUUUUGGCGAAGAGGCGGCAUUUCAAGCAACCAAGGAAUCACAAAUAAUGUUCUUGUAUGAACCCCCGCCCGGGUUUUCGCUUGAAGAAAAGAUCGAAGAGAGAAUGAAAGAGAAGAAAAUUCGGAGUGGAGAAGAGAGUAAGAAACCUCGAGGAAGAAAUGAUCAGAGCAAAAAAGCAGAGAAGAAGUUGACCCGAGUCGACCCAAUAAUUAAAGACGGCGAACAACAGAAGGAUGAAAUUGAGAAACUUCUAUGA